GAAAUCUGGACAGGACUUGCUUACACUGGGCCUGUAAGCGCAACCACGGCCAGGUGGUUUCCUACCUGUUACAGUCGGGAGCCGACAGAGAGAUCCUCACCACAAAGGGGGAGAUGCCAGCUCAACUGACGUCAAGGAGAGAAAUCAGGAGGAUCAUGGGAGUCGAAGAGGAUGGCGAGGACGAUGGCAGCCUCCCCCAGCUGAAGAAGGAGUCAGAACUGCCCUUUGUUCCCAACUAUCUGGCCAACCCGGCCUUCCCUUUCAUAUACACCACGGACGCAGAGGAUGCUGCCCAGCUGCAGAACGGGGGCCCCUCCACACCUCCGCCUCCUGCUUCACCCCCUGCAGGUGGCACACCCCCACUGCUCCCUGCUGGGGAGGCACCCCUGCUAGGGGUCUUUCCUCGGGAGCACACCUCGUUGGCCCUGGUUCAAAAUGGGGACGUGGCUGCCUCCGCUGCCAUACUCAGAACACCAGAAAGCACAAAACCGGGGCCUGUUUGUCAGACCCCCGGGAGUCAGAGCCGGUCCCUGUUCUCUUCCGUCCCGUCCAAGCCGCCCGUGUCUCUGGACUCUCAACAUGGGACCUAUGCCGGACCGGCACCAGCAUUCCAGCCGUUUUUCUUCACUGGAGCAUUUCCAUUCAAUAUGCAAGAGCUGGUACUCAAGGUGCGGAUUCAGAACCCUUCUCUUCGAGAAAAUGAUUUCAUCGAAAUUGAACUGGACCGGCAGGAGCUCACCUACCAGGAAUUGCUCAGAGUGAGCUGCUGUGAGCUGGGCGUUAAUCCAGACCAAGUGGAGAAGAUCAGAAAGUUACCCAAUACUCUGCUGAGAAAGGACAAGGAUGUUGCCCGACUCCAAGACUUCCAAGAGCUGGAACUGGUUCUGAUGAUCAGUGAAAACAAUUUUCUCUUCCGAAGUGCGGCGUCCACCCUGACGGACCGGCCUUGCUACAACAGGAGCGCGUCAAAGCUGACUUACUGAUGCCGCAGGACCCUCGUCACCAAGGGUGGUGUGAGUGCCUGUCACCUUUGGGCCAAGAAGCCAUUGAUCUGAAUCAAGGCUAGUAUCCUACACUUCUGCCUUGGAUGGCAGAGAGUGCCCCGGUGCCCCUGCAUAGUGUACACUAACACCACCUGCCAAGGUGGGAAGCCCCAACCCCCAUGCAGUGGUGCCGCCCUCGCCAGCCUCUUGGUGCACAAUAAACCCACCUCCCCGAAGCGCCCAACAGCUACGCCGAAACCCGGAGAGGCCCGAGCCCCAGGGUCCCUUCUAAGUGGCCUUUCCAUAGCUACGGUGAGAGUGGGGCCGAAAUUGAGCCUCUCCUGUGGCCGGCGCACUUGACAGACUGGGACGGCCGGGCGUGGUGUUGCAUGCUUCCAACUCCUGAAAUGUGAACGGCCCAGAGGGCAAAGCCGGUUGUGGACAAACGACUUUUAGUGUCUCGUAGCUGUGAGGUUUCAUAUAACAUACUCAUAAAUGUUACUCAGGUUAAAAGUAUUUAAGAAUACAGUUACCUAAUUGUAAAUAGGCUGUUAACCAAAAGAGCCUCCCCUCCCUCGCCCUGUCCUCUGUAACACUCGCGAUUGCAUCCCCUGUCCAGUCUGCCAUCAGCGUCCAGUCUGCCAUCCCCUGUCCAGUCUGCCAUCAGCGUCCAGUCUGCCAUCCCCUGUCCAGUCUGCCAUCAGCGUCCAGUCCGCCAUUGUUCUGGUGGCGGCUGGGCAGUAGCUCCCCUUCGUGGCCACUAGGGGCCCCCCUGACGCUUCCGACAAGCGCAGCGCCCCAACCCCUCUGGGAGCGAAUCCUGCCAUCUACUUGUUUAAUUGCACCAGAAAACAAUGAGCACAAAUAUUGCCGGGUCCGUGUUCUCCACUCUUAUUUUCCACUGGGAAUGAAAAGCAAUUUUUGAGACUUGACUCUGUUGCUGUUUUAAAGGUUAUUGUGGGAAACUGAGCUAAAGGAGUUAGCAUCUUUAUUUUUGUAUCAAAGAUAAAGGUUAUUUUGAAAUUAUUAGGAUUUUUACACAACUCUGAAAUCUGUUUGCUUUUGUAAACUAAUUGUUUGACCUAGGGAUUUCUUACCCACCCUCACUCCCGUCCCGGCCCCGCCCCCACCAAUCCACUUAACUCAAUUGAUAGUCUGCGAGACUUAGUCCUAAAAUCAAUGGCAAAACAAAACAGAACACCAACCCUGAUUAAACUCUGAGCAUGCCACAAAGAUUCUCCGUCCUUCCUUCUGUGUCCCUCGUGAAAAGAAAAGCCCCUGUCCUGCUGAGGGGCCACAGCAGGGUCUCCCAGCCAGCGGUCAGCAACGCAGGUCAGUGCAUCCCUGGGGCCCUCGGGCUUUUCCCUGUAGUGCCUAUCUUCCCAACCACACAGAACUGUGUUAACUUCAUUGUGUGGGAACACUAGCCCAGGGAGAAGAUGCAGAAGGUGUCAAUAGCUAAGCUCAUGGCCUCCUGCUGCUGCCUAAAUGCCCAGGGGUUUUCCAAGGCCAACUUCAGGGAGUCCUGCUAUUUAGUGAGUUAACUGUAUUCCACCAAUUACUUUCAGGAAGAGAGCACCCUCAUGUUUCAGCCAGUCGGAAGCCAGCUCACCUAGGUGUACUGGUGAGUGGGGUUGGGGGCGGGGUGUGUGUCUUUGUUUUGCAAAAAAAAGCUUGUUUCUAUCUUGGGAAAAAUAAGUUCAGUAUUCAUUCAUUCAUAUCUGAUUUACUGGGGCUAAAACUCCAUGCUGAUGAUAUUAUUUAGAGACUCAGAAACAGUGGAAGCCCCUGGCAGGGAGGAGGGUGACAGAAUUAACCCGGUCUUACAAAGGCUAACCCAGGUUAGGGUGCUGGGCAGGCCUGGGUUGGCCCCGCCCGGUACCGGCUUCCCUUCUGCGGGAUAAAGGCGUCCCCAGUGUUUCUGCAGCCGGCAGUGGGGCAAGGGCUCACAGAUGUUGGGGGAGAUGGAAGUCUUAAUCUAUGCAUUCAGAGAAAUAUUUUUAUAUGCUUUGUGUAAUUUAUAACAAGGAUUUUUUUUAGCUUUGUUAACUGUGAACUCCCCCCUCCUCCCCUGCAUAUGUGGAGCAUGUGUUCACACUGUGUGUAAACAGUCACUGGGGAGUUUUUCUCUUCAUCGCUAACGAUUCCAAUAGAACCAGCGUUAUUAAAUGAACUAUUAACCGAC